GUCAAGAGAAAUGCAGGUGGUCUGAAGGUAUUCAUCAAGCAGUUGAGGCAAAAGAGGGUCUGAAAAUCCAGGCUGAUUCAGUUGUUGUUGCUCAGAUAACAUACCAAUCACUCUUUAAGCUCUAUCCUAAGCUUUCAGGGAUGACUGGAACUGCUAAAACUGAAGAGAAAGAGUUCUUGAAAAUGUUUCAGAUGCCAGUCAUUGAAGUUCCUACAAAUUUACCCAACAUUCGAUGUGAUUUACCUAUUCAAGCUUUUGCUACUGCACGUGGGAAAUGGGACUAUGCGAGGGCAGAAGUUGAAUCAAUGUAUCAAUUGGGUCGCCCUGUAUUAGUUGGAACAACUAGUGUUGAGAAUUCUGAAUAUCUAUCUGAUCUUCUUAAGGAACAAAAUAUUCCUCAUAAUGUUCUCAAUGCGAGGCCAAAGUAUGCUGCAAGGGAGGCAGAAAUUGUUGCCCAAGCUGGUAGAAAGUAUGCAAUUACCAUAUCUACUAACAUGGCAGGAAGAGGCACUGAUAUCAUCCUUGGUGGUAAUCCAAAGAUGCUAGCAAAAGAAAUUGUAGAGGAUAACUUGCUUCCUUUUAUGUCACAAGAGACUCCUAGUGGCAAAACUGAUAUGGAGCAACUAUCUGAACAGAGUUUCUCAAAAGUAAGAAUAGGACCCUCAUCGUUGGCUUUGGUUGCAAAGGCUGCUGUUAUCUCAAAGCAUUUGUGCAAAAGCAAGGGACGUGAUUGGUCAUAUAAGGCGGCACAAUCUAUUAUAUCAGAGUCCAUACAAAUGGGCCAAUCUCUUGGAAUAGCAGAACUGGAAAAACAGUUAGCUGAAGAUCCAACCAUAUAUCCCCUUAAUACUAUGAUAGGACUUGCUUUUCUCACUGUUUUGAAGGAUUGUGAAGCACAUUGUUUUAAUGAAGGACUUGAAGUGAAAAUGUUGGGUGGGCUUCAUGUGAUUGGGACAUCAUUACACGAGUCUCGCCGAAUAGAUAAUCAACUUCGUGGUAGAGCAGGGAGGCAAGGUGAUCCUGGAUCAACAAGGUUUAUGGUUAGCUUACAGGAUGAAAUGUUCCAGAAGUUUAAUUUUGAUACAGAGUGGGCCGUGAAACUUAUAUCAAAAAUAACAAACAAUGAGGAUAUACCGAUUGAAGGUCAAACUAUUGUAAAACAGCUUUUGGCCCUUCAAAUUAAUGCAGAGAAGUACUUCUUUGGCAUAAGAAAGAGCCUCGUGGAGUUUGAUGAAGUUUUGGAGGUCCAGAGGAAGCAUGUCUAUAAUCUUAGGCAAGUGAUAUUAUCUGGUGACUCUGAAAGCUGCACUGACCAAAUAUUCCAGUACAUGCAAGCAGUAGUUGAUGAAAUUGUCCUGGGAAAUAGUGAUCCAGAAAAGCAUCCUAGGAAUUGGAAUUUGGGAAUGCUCUUGGAUGAGUUUCUUCAAAUUGGCAGGAGCGUAUUGGCUGAAUCAUUUGCAAAGGUCGGGGAGGAGGAUCUACUGACAUCUCUUGAACAAAUUCAGAGGUUACAUGUAGUGGAUGUGGGGAACUUUUCUCUUCCAAACUUGCCUUUACCUCCAAAUACUUUCAGAGGAAUCCGCAAGAAGAUUUCUUCAUUGAAACGUUGGCUUCGUAUCUGUACGGAUGAGACGACUAAGAAAGGAAGAUACCAAGUGACCAUUAAUCUUCUCCGCAAGUACUUAGGCGAGUUUUUGAUUGCUUCCUAUUUAGAAGUUGUACAAGACUCUGGUUAUGAUGAUUCAUACAUUCAAGAAAUCGAGAGAGAAGUUAUAGUCAAGACAUUAGAUUCCUUCUGGAGGGACCAUUUGAUAAAUAUGAACAGGCUCAGCUCUGCGGUGAAUGUUCGGAGCUUCGGGCAUAGAAAUCCACUGGAAGAAUAUAAGAUCGAUGGGUGCCGUUUUUUCAUAUCAAUGCUCAGUGCAACUCGAAGAUUGACUGUAGAAUCAUUACUUAAUUAUUGGUCAUCUCCAAUGGAGGCUGAAGAAUUGUAUGCACCAUAGGAUUCAGACUCGUCGCUUACACUUUUCUCUCCCAGUAGUAUGUUCAUGUAUUUAAAGUGAGCUUUUCUAUCCUAAACAUUUUACGAGAAAGACUACCUGCUUGUACUGCUCUUACACAGAAUCAUGAAGCUUUGGAUGUAACGAUCCUGUAUAUGUUAAAAAACUAAGACUGGGAGUGGCUGCUAUCAUAUACUGUUUUUGAAUUCAAUUAAAGUGAAAGCAACCUCCAUUUGAAUUUUGAAUUGUAAUAUGUUUUGAUUUAGUAAGAGUUUAAUUGAGUACCUAGUUUAGUUCA